AUGGAACAUUUCAGAUCAAAAUCAUGCAAUGGUGGAAGAAUGCAAAUGCAGAGUUACAACAAAGCCAACUCAAACAUGCAAGAUUUCAGGUGUUACGGUAUUGCUUCAUAUAAAUCAUCACCCUCGGGUCCAAACAAAACCCGGAUGAAUAAUAAUAUUGCUGCUAAAGAUCAAUGGAAGUUCAAGAAAGGGAAGUCGACAAACGGGUCGGUUUCGAAGAACUGGGGUUUCGGUGACCUGGAGCUGCAGAGGAAGAAGAGGGUGGCAAGCUAUAAGGUGUACACUGUGGAAGAGAAAGUGAAGGAAUCUAUUAAAAAGAGUUUUAGGUGGAUUAAGGAGAGGGUGAAUAAAUAUAUUGGUCAAAAUCUCCAGUACAACUACUCUGGAACAUUCUUGGACAUCGAAAGUCAAACAUUACAAAAGGUCUGA